UUAAAUGAAGUUACUUUAUUGUUGGCAAGAUGGUUUUGACAUAUCUACAGUUUUUCCAGCUUAUUGUUAUCAUUCUUUCUGUUUAUGGCUAUACCGUGGCACUGGAAAAACAACUGCUUUGUACAUCUCCUGACAUUGAUAUUUUAUAUUCCUAUUGUGGCUCUGGGAGAGAUAACUUCCUCUUUUCAGCGAAGCCAUGUUUGUUACGGGGUCGUUCAGAAUGGCAGGGCACUAUUUUCUGGAUUCCAAAGGCUGAUUUGACCGUUGUCAAUGUACGCGUACUGUUGUUGAAUGGGCCUUCCAAAGACUUUAAAUGGGAGAGUACUAUUUGUUAUGGUGUGGAUGAUGACUAUUCAUUUUGUGGAACUUUGAAGGGAGAAACAAUCAAUGCAACUGUGAAAAUGAGAGGAUCGGGGUCAAACUAUCUGCAGUUUUUAAAGGGCGAAUUUACUAUAUUUCUUGAAUUAUUCACAGGUCUCAAUGAGUUGGUAACUUGUGUGAAUUACACACUGAUCCUUAAGUAGGGAUUACUUUGGAGAGCAGGCUUUGGUAAAUCCUCAUAGCAUUUGAUCCUUGAAAUUGUGGAAUUGUACCAUCAAUAUAAUUAGCCAAAAACAAAUGUAAGAUGAAGAUAAAUAUUCAUUAUAUAUGAGGCAACAUGAAACUUUAAUAAAGUGUGUUGCUUGACAAAACUCCAAAACAAUCCGUCUAUUAAAACUAUUUCACAAAGCCAUGUUGUUCUUUUGCUUCAAAGAAUGAAGUAAGUUGAUUUCAGUUCCUCUGCUUCAGAACCCUUCCAGACCUCAAAGUUUGCACUAGGAGGACACUGAGGGAAGCCUGUGAACCAAGGGACAUUAUGGGCCAUUGUGAAGAACAAGUGGUGUCUUUUUUCCUUAAUGUACUAAAUAAAGCACAGAAAACACAGUCUUAACCUAGCCUGUGGAUUAAAUCAUCCAUGUUGGUAGCCAUCACAUCAAAAAGAUACACUCAUGGAUAUAAAGUUGCAAUUAGAAAUGUAAAGAUAA